AUGCUGGACUGCUUGGAUAUUCAUACAAUGUUGGCUGCUGCAUGGAACACGGAUUUCAGUCCGUUGGUUCGGUCCUACUGGAAAGCUGGAGUGAUUAAUUUUAUUUGGAAAAUUUGGGACUGCCGCAAUCAAGUGACUUUUAAUGAGGCCAGUUUCCAUCCAAAAUUGAUUCUUGGGUUCCUGAAAGUUGUGUUUAAGGAGAUGGAUUCCAAUUUCCCUAAGCUUGGGCGUUCUCAUAACUCUUGGCAGGAUUAUUUGGUGCUUAGGCGAAUUGGGGUUGCUAUGCGCGCUUUUGCGCCCCCUUUGAUGAUUGAGGUUCACUGGUGGCCACCGGCGGGGCAGUGGAUUAAAGUCAAUACUGACGGUUCGGCGUUUGGGAAACCUGGAAGCAUUGCCGCGGGCGGUGUAUUCCGCGAUAACUGGGGUGCGGUUCGCGGUUGUUAUCACUAUAAAGGGGGUUCGGGGUUCGCUUUUGAAGCGGAGCUUUUCGCGAUCAUGCAUGCCAUUCGAAUUGCGAAUUUUCGUGGUUGGCACUGGCUUUGGAUUGAAGCAGACUCGUCUUAUGUUGUCCAGCUUCUGCAUUCUCGCUCUUUGAAUGUUCCUUGGCGAUUUCUCCCGCUAUGGAAACAGACUUUAAAUUGGCUUUCAAAUUUUCGACUUCAGAUCUCGCAUAUUUUUAGAGAAGGAAAUAGUGUGGCGGAUAUUAUGGCUAAUCAUGCCCGGAUCGAAGGGUGGUGGCCCUUUGCUAUUGAGGAUAUAAAGAUUGCGGUGUCUUUAGAUAUGGCGACUCAUAGUCGCGUUCGUUUGAAGAAUUGA